AUGAAUUCAUCAAAGCAGCUUUCGCCGUCGUUGCUGCCUUUUGAGUUAGUAGAAGAGAUACUUCACAGAACUCCCAUCAACUCAUUGGUACGAUUCAAAUCCGUAAGCAAACAAUGGUACGCUCUUUUUAACCACAAGAGAUUCAUUUACAAACACUUGGAUCUCUCCAAGGAAGGAAUCAUAGCAUUUGAUCAAAAAUCGAUUCAACUCUUAAAUCUGGAGGCCAAAGCUCUCUUAUCUGUACCAAAGCCAGAAGCUUUACACAGUUAUAAUAUUGUGGAAACGAAUCACUGCGAUGGACUGUUGUUAUGUAGGUGUAUUGAGAGAGGUAGCAUUGGUGAUACAAGUACAAAGCUCGCGGUUUGGAACCCGGUCUUGAGCCGAGUCAAUUGGAUCGAACCUUCGAGUUCUUACGAAUAUUCUGAUGUUUACGGUUUCGGAUACGACAAUGUAUCCCGUGACAACUACAAGAUCUUGAGAAUCAAUGUCGCCGUGUUCCAAAGGGAAUCAACAGAUAUCGAGGUGUAUGAGUUCAAGUCUAAAUUCUGGACAAGUGUCAAUGCAACUCUCGAAUGCUCUCCGCCGUGGAAACACGUGUCUAUGAAUGGAAACGUGUAUUGGAUUGCUCGAAAGAAGAUGGCUGACAACAAAGUCCAAACCUUGAUCCAAAGUUUUGAUUUUUCCACAGAAACAUUCAAACCCAUAUGUUGUGUUCCAAAUGGAAUCUGUGCGAGUUCUGAUGAGAAACUAGUCUUGUCAAGUUAUGGAGGAGACAGGCUUGCUUUGUUACAACAACAUAAACAUCUCAAGUUUGAAGUGUGGGUUACAAGCAAGGUGGGUGAUGAUGAUGGGGUUGUCUCGUGGAGCAAGUACUUUGAUGUAUCUACCACUGAUCCCUCACUAGUAAGCUCCAGUUUCCAUGACCAUUAUCCAAGAACGUUCAUCCUCAAGACCAAGAAGAUCAUGUUAUGGUGCGAGCAUGUCGAGGAUAAUGUUAUUUACACCAAUGUUUACGAGUUGAGUGAGGAGGGUGAGGUCAAAGAACAUGUUCAUUUGAAAGGAAGACGUGGAUGGUUUGAAUAUAUAUCUUGCAAUGUGUACGUUCCAAGUCUAGUUCCUGUUCCAGAAUAA